UGCUGUGUUCCUUAUUUGUCUUGUUUGGAAGUUACUCUGGUGACAUGAAGACGGGAGAGAUGAAGAUCAUUAACCAAGGCCUGCAGGACGAAAUGGAGGUGUGGGGGUACCGGCCCUGUUUGUGGAAGAUGGUCCUGGUGGGCAUUGGUACUUUGUGCUCUGGAGGUCUGCUGCUGCUGCUCCUGUACUGGCUGCCUGAGUGGGGCGUCAAAGGAACUUGCACACAGACCUCUCUGCAGGGUGCCCACACACUGCUGCUCAGGUCCACGCACAUCCAUGAACCUUCUCUUAGGCCUCCCUCCUCCUGCUUGGUUGCUCCAUCCUCAGCACCAUUUUCUCUAUAUAAACUCUUCCACCAGUGGGGCCUUCAGGGUUGA